CCCGCCAACAUGUCGAUAACACGGUUCGCGUUCCGGGCGCCGGUAGCCGUCAGCAAGAACAGCCUGCGGUGCUUCUCGUCAGGGCCCCAGAACCAGGAUGAUGCCCUCCUCUCCAUCCUCGGUAGCAGCGCGGCCCGCAAUCCCCCAGCCGGCCAGCAGAGUCCCGCUGGAUCUUCUCUGGCCACCCGUAUCGCCCGCGAUGCCGGCCUCGACCGCCCUACACAGACCCGCGAGAUGAUCGAGUCCGAGCGGAGGUACCAGUUCCAGCGCCAGAUCUACCGCAAGUGGCAGCCCGGAGACGUCUACUCGCCCCACGACUUGACCGGCGCCGAGCAAAAGAAGUGGAAGUUUGGCCGCAAGAAGCCCCAGAGUGACGCGUUCGAUGUGCUAGGUAUCAACCCGGUGAACGAGUACAAGAAUUUCACAAUCAUGUCCGAGUACAUGACCGAAACGGGGCGGAUAAAGCAUUCCAAGGACACGGGCCUGCGACCCAAGAACCAGAGGAAAAUCGCAAAGGCCAUACGGAGAGCCAUUGGACUCGGUCUGAUGCCCAGUGUGCACAGGCAUCCAUUGGUACUGAAGAAGAGCAAUCCAGCGAGGUUCUUGUAAGGGUUGGAUGUUUGUAUAGUAUGGCGUACUUGUGACAUGUACAUUUGAGUGUAAGCAUAGCAGAGGGCGUUCAAAACAAACGCGGAUACACUGCUCAAGGGCCAUGGAGCCUGUAUUUCCACAUUCCUUAUUUCUCUGCAUCUCUUACCGCACAUACGAUAUGCAUUUGAUUGUUGGAUCCACGGUGGUCUGCACGCUUUCAGAAAACCCAACAAGGUU